AUGAAAUUGUACAUACAUUCUGGAAACGUCGUGGAAACUUAUGAUUCCAUCUAAGGAGAAACCAUAGAUCAAUUAUAAAAAGCAUUGGGAAGCGAAGUGCUUUUCAAUAACAGGUAAUGCAUUAGAAUUUAUCAGCAAGGACAAUUUUAAACACUUCGAUGUUGGUCAAUAGUUUUUUCAAUGACAAUGAUGAUGUGAUUGUACAAAAAGUGAAACCCAUCCCAGUUUAAUAGAAUGCUUAAGUGCCUCCUUAAGUACCUGCAUAAAAACCCAUCCAUUAUAACAAUAUUACAAAAUUCGCAUUUUAUGAUGCUGAUGAAAUGAAUGUUAGGUAAUUUUGUAUACUUAUACCUAAGAGUUGUAGUUGAAUUGAAGGAUAUUGCAAAACAUCCAUUAGAAAAGUUCUAGGCCAGAUUUUUUGAAAAAUCAUUUGAAAUAAAAAUUCACGAUUAUCAAAAUAAGAAUUGGACAUUUGGAGUGGCCAGAACCUAAUGCAAAUUAGAUGCUGCAAAUAGUAAAUUCACUCUCAAGGGUGAUAAGAUAUUGAUUACAUUAAGAAAGGUGAAGAAGGAGGAUAAUUGGUUUUCCAUUCACAAGCAAAAAACAAUAGGUGGUGACGAUUCAGAUUGAAUAUAUAAUUAUAAUAAGAG